UAUGACGUCACAAGGUCCUCCAGAUUAUUUUACUGCUGUGGGUUAUAAUCCAACUAUAACAAGCACCAAUGAUACUUCCACAAUUACCUUUUGCAACAAUGAUAAUGGAAAUUCCUUCACAAUUACUAGAAGUGAUCCACAGAUGCCUGAUAGGGCUAUAAAUACAACUGGUCACAUUGCUGAUGCGACUUUAAAGACAACUGGAAAUGUUGUUGAAACUGCUUUAGAUACUUUGGCUAAGAUUGCUGGUUCAAUAAUUAAAUUUCCGUUUACUGUUUUGGAUGUUGCUUUCCCAAAAAAGAGUUAA